AUGUCCUCCUCCUCUUCCUCCCCAAACCGCAAACUCAAAAUCCUCAUGAUACACGGCUACACCCAAAACGGACCCCUCUUCCACGCAAAAACCCGCGCCCUGGAGAAGAACCUGGAAAAAGCAUUCCCCGCCGCCCCAAAACCCGGUUUCUUGCCUUCCUACCCCGGCGGCGUUGAAUUGGUAUACCCGACCGCACCGCUGAAGCUAUCUGUAAACGACAUUCCGGGCUACGAUGUGGAUGGCGCUGCUGGAGAUGAAGAACCAGAGGCGUACGCGUGGUGGAGGAGAAAAGGCGAUGGAGAGCCUUUUCGCUAUGAAGGCAUGGAACAAGGAUUUUCCACCAUUGCGGCGGUGAUUAAAGAGCAAGGACCUUUUGAUGGGUGUAUAGGGUUUUCUCAGGGCGGUGCGUGUGCGGGCAUGCUCGCGUCUUUGUUGGAAGCAAACCGCAGAGAAGCGUUUGAGAAACAGCAGUUGAAGGGUGGUAUGCGUUACCCCGAGAGUUUUGAAAACGAUACGGGAUUCAUGACAGAUGUGAUCCAGGAGCCGCUCAAGUUUGCGGUGAGCUACAGUGGGUUUGGGGCUGCGCCGAAUGAGUUGUACACUGCGUUCUAUGAGCCAAAGAUCAAGACGCCCAUGUUGCACUUUAUCGGUAGUGUGGACACGGUGGUUGAAGAGUCGAGAAGUCUGCGUCUCGUAGAUGCUUGUGUGACCGGCAGGGGUGUCGAGGGUGGUGUUGCUAGACUUGUCUACCACCCUGGCGGCCACUUCCUGCCCAGCAGUCAAAAGCAAUAUGUCGCGGCCUUGGUGGCUUUCAUCAGAGAAGUCGUUGGCGGACCACCAGAAGACUCACUAGAAAACAAGAAGGAAGACAAGGCCGAAGACAUGGACAUGCCAUUCUAA